AAACUAAAAAAACUAACGAAUACCAAAAAAGAAAAAAAAUCAUGAUCAACAAAAAGACAAUGAGUUGUUGUAAAUCACCAUCAAUGUUAUUGUUGUAUUUAUCCCUUUUGUCUUGUUGCCUACAUGGCAUUAGUGCCAGCACCGAAAAUAUUUCAUCAUCGCCCUCGACAUUUCAAAAUGCCGGAACACGUACCAUUCUGAGGAUCUAUGAUGAGUGCAGCAGAACCGAUGGUGGAUUUGUGCCAUGUCUUAAGAAAAAGGCUAUAUCCUUUAUUGAUCGCAUCUCAUUUAUUGAUUCAAUAACUAUUGCCGAUGGUGUUAAAGUUGUGAAAAUGCCAGCUUCUGCUGGCGCAGUACCCUAUAUUCGGCCGAUGACUAGUGAAAAUGAAUUGGAAUCAACUCUGUCUAGGUCUGGUGAAGAUCGGGACACAAAACUGACCAAUAUUCUGAUCGAACGUUUAAGUAAUUUCUUCAAUGCCCAUACAUUGCAAGUUAGUUUUCCCAAGUUGUCAUCUGAAGAAUUGGGCCGCGGAUUGGAAGAAGGUCGUGGUAAAAUGAAGAAAAUGAUGGGCAUGAUGAUUAUGGGUAUGGCUAUGAAAAUGAUGGGCAUGAUACCCAUUGCCAUGGGUAUGCUGUACAUUUUGGCCGGCAAGGCCUUGAUUAUAUCCAAGAUUGCCUUGCUGUUGGCAGGCAUCAUUGGUUUGAAGAAACUGUUGUCGGGAGGUGGCAAGUCAAGCGGCAGUUCUACUUGGUCCUCCGGUGGUGGUGGUGGCGGCGGCUGGUCCUCGGGCGGUGGCGGCAGUGGUGGCUGGGAUAGACGUUCCCUAAAUGAGGCCCAAGAGUUGGCAUAUCGUAGCUAUACAAAACAAUAUCAACAGCAACAACAACAGCUGCAGCAGCAACAACAACAGCAAGUCCAGCAACAGCAACCGUUAAAGUCAUCAUCAAGCGAUAAGAAGCUAUAAACGGUACCACAGAAAAAAAGAGCAGUAGACCGACCGAUCGAUGACAACAAAGACACUAACCUAGUGGAGAGCUUGUUCCAAAUGAAAAAAUUAAUUAUCUUAUAGAUAAUUUAUUAUUUUUCGCUCACAAACGCAAUGACACUGUGUAAUUAAAAUGAAAUUGUAGUUCACAAAUCUUUACUUCUAAAUAGUUUAGCGGCACGCUUUAAGCCGAACACGCACACUCACACACAUUUUUGGCAUCAUUCUGAAGUCGUCAGACCUCAAUUUCCAAUCUACUGAAGAUAAAUAUUUCCCAUUACUACUGCUCAAGCUGGCCUCGUCUUGUAACAGUUAUUUGUGAAAUUAGUUUUCAUAUCAAAUUUCUCUUCAUUUUUUUGCCAGACCAUAGAUUUCCUCCUAUUUCUGUAUCAUCUGUCUAUCACUCAACUGCAAAUCUACUUUGCUUUUCUAUUAAACUCUAACGUUUCUUUUUCUUCGGAACACCAGCAGCUUCAGUUCAACUUUGAACUUUUGGCUAUGUUUGCGUGCAACGUCAGUCCCAUACCGCCGGUAUCAGCAUCAAAUAUAUCUUGGCACUCCGCUUUGGCAUGUUCUGAUUGUGCCACACGCACGCCUUGGCUACAUGUUCCUGAUGUGGAAGAAAAUGUUCACUUUUUCAUCUCUGCCAUUUCCUCAGUUCACUGUAUCAUAUCAAAACGCUGGUGUCUUCAUUCAAACUUUUGUUAACUGUUUCAUUCACUUCAUCAUCUUCGAAGAUUUCCAGCAAGCAAGCGGUAUAGCUUCCUUAUUUUCAUUUGCAUUCUUAUUUUCUUUCUUUCAUCUUCAACAGCAUCCAUCCAUUGUAUCUUUUAAUCCGUUAGUCACAUAAGAAAUGUUUCAAUAAUUUAAUGUAGUUUUUAAGAGAUUUUCAGACAAAGAUUAUUAACUUAUGUAUGAGUAAGUGUGUUUGUUUUCCUUUUCUUGUAUGAUUCUGUGGAAAUUCCAAAAGAAAACGCUAUUUUUUGUAGAAUUUUCUCACUUUCGGCAGCAAGAAUAUCACACAUCACAAACUGUGCUACGUAUUUACUUAACUAUUUAUUAUAUUUAUUUAUUGAAUGUAUUUAUUUAAUUUAAUAAUAAAUUAUUUAUAACAUGUUUUUUGCGAAAAUAAACGUUCAGCAUUUAAA